AUGUUCAAGCGCAUGUCUGCGUCGGCCGUUUUUGCGACUACCUCGACCGCGACCGCAGGGAGCGUAGGGAGCGUAGGGAGCGCAGCGAGCGCAGCGAGCGUCGGACUGGGAGGGAACGCAGGCAACGCAGGCACCGCAGGCAACGCCGGACUCGGAGCGACAACUACAGUAACGGCGACAACAACGGCGACGGCCAGCGUCGGAGGAUCUGGAGGAGGUGGGAGCCUAGGAGGCCCAGUGCCAGGACCCAGCGGGUCGGCCGACUCGCCUAUCAGUGUUGCGAGCGGAAGUGCUUGGGAGGAGGACAGUGUUGGUGAGUUCAACAUGACACAUGGCCAGACGGUCCAGAGGUCCAAAGAUGUCUCGGGGCUCGCUGCUAUCUCGCCGAGCGCGCCGAGCUUACGCUGCUCGCCCCGCCCGCUCUGCUCAUCGAGCUCACCGAGCUCGCACAGCUCACACAGCUCACAGCUCGCGCUACUCGCGCUACUCGCGCAGCUCACACAGCUCGCGCUGCUCGCUGCGCUCGCAUCGCUCACCACUAACACCCAGUCGAAAUCUCGCCCCAUCGACCCCGCGCCGUCCCCGCCCCAGGCUCACCGUCGCCCUCCCCCGCCCACCUCCAGUUCAAAGCCGCUCCAUCCCUUCUUCACCCGCCCGCGCGUCCCUGUUCCCCGCCAACCAAGGCUCGUCGCGACGUACGCGUCCACGUCCUCGUCCCUGUACGACAGCCAGUCGCAGUCUACGUCUCAGUCCCAGUCCCAGUCGCAGGGGACGGAGUUCUCUCAAAGCAGUGGGAGCGGCAGUUUCUUCUCGAGCAACACCGAGUUCUUCUCUGCUGCUUCGGAACUGAGCUUCGCGUCCCAAAGUCAACAGAGUCAGGAGAGCGGAAGGAGCAGAGGCGACGUGGUGUCCCCGCCCCAUGGCGAGCCGUCUUUUCGGCCCAGCACACACAUCUCCGACCUCACUGCUGAGCUGCUCCGGCUUGACAUUCGCGCGGACGCGGGAAUUGACGACAGGGGGUGGACCGAGAGGACGGGGGAGAGGGACCGCGCGAUCAGAGCUGUUCGCGCUGGUGUGCAGCGACGCACUGCGUCCAUGACGCUUGCGAAGGAGGUUAUGGAACCUACUGCUGCCGAGUGGCCCGCUCUCAGCCCGACAUCGAGGACUGUGCCUCUUAAGACGGGGUAUGCUUCUGUUGCUAAGAAGGGGGUUACCACGGCGGCGACGGCAAAGGUUGAGUCGCCGAUGGUUGAGACGACACUCGAGAAACCGCCUUCACGACCAACCUCCCCGACGACCAAGACCGCUGCGAAACCCCCGACACCGCCUCCGCCAGCGACGGCCCAGCACCCCCCCAAGCCGCCGACCGACGAGCCAUCCGACCUGCCCGUCUUCUCGCACAAGAUUCCCAUCAAGGGGCAUUUCACCCGCCCCCCAAACGUGGCCUACACCACCGACCCCGCCGAGGUGGAGGACCUGAUCGGCUGUUUGCGCGGACCGCUGUCCUUAGACCUCGAGUGGCCACCACCAGGGCAAGGCAAGGCGAUCCCGCGCAAGCUGCGGGGCGGGAAGAUAGUCCACAUCCGGCGGCCAGUGUACGACGCCAAGCUGGGGAAGAACGUGUGGCCCGAGGCGCCCGUCUCGGUCGUGCAGAUCGCUGAUGCGAGGCUCGUCAUAGUCUUCCAGAUGCUGCACGACCCCGAGAUCCACGUCCGCGCACGCACCCAGGGCCGCAACCUCACCAUGCCGCACAGUAUGCCCCCUGCGCUGCUCCGUUUGCUCGCGGAUCCAGAACGCGUCAAGUGCGGCGUCAACAUCAAGCAGGACGGGAACAAGCUCUGGCGCGAUUUCGGCGUGCCCACCGCCGGCCUGUUGGAACUAUCCGCCGUCGCGCGACACGUAGACAGUGCCCGAUGGCCCGACAAGGGCCUUAUCUCCCUCGCGCGUCUCGCCGCGGCCUAUCUCGGUGCCGACCUCGACAAAGGCGACGUGCGGACGGGCGACUGGUCCGCCCGCCUCGACGCCGAGCAGGGAGACGGACACGACGCUCUACAUUGGCAACAUGUGUGCGAGCGUGGGAUGUGA